AUGUUGGACGAUUUCAAGUCACCUGCAACCGCGGUCAGAUCUGAAUUGGAUCACCAAAGAAACCUUGCCGACCUCAGUCAUGUGAAUGAUCAACUUGUUGCAGAGCCAGCAGAGAAAGUUAGUAGGCAAUCAAUACUGCAGGCUUUUUUUAGCCCACGACAGCAGCAUGAUCCAGAUGCCAUUGCUACAGUUAGAAGUGUAUUUGACGAUCCUUUGCUUGCAAGGUUCUACAAACCACACCCUGACUAUGAAAAUAUGGCCUAUUUUGAUCCGAGCGCAAGGUGGACUUACCGCGAAGAAAACGCCGUACGCCGGAAAACGGACUGGAAAAUUCUUUUAUGGAUCCUGGUAAUGUUUUUCGGCCUGAACCUUGAUAGAGGAAAUCUCUCAAGCGCCGCAGCGGACAAUCUAUUGGAUGAUCUAAAUCUUACCACGAAUGAUUAUAAUAACGCACAAAACAUGUAUCGUAUUGGGUUCUUGAUCUCUGAAAUUCCGUCUCAGAUGAUUGGAAAGAAGCUUGGACCUGAUCGUUGGAUCCCGGUCCAAAUAAUCGCUUGGAGCUUGGCUUCCGGAUGCCAGUUUUUUAUGCAAAAUCGAGCUGGCUUCUUUGCUUGUCGGUUCUUCAUUGGCCUCUUCAUGGGUGGUUUCAUACCAGAUUCAAUUCUCUACCUAUCCUACUUCUACACAAAAACCGAGAUGCCAUUUCGACUCGCAAUGUUCUGGUUUGUGGAUUCCAUGUCGGGUGUUAUUGCGUCGUUCAUCGCCUAUGGAGUCUUGCACAUGCGAGGCGUUGAUGGGAGAGAGGGUUGGCGUUGGCUCUUUCUAAUUGAGGCGCUGAUCAGUCUAACUAUUGGCUUUUUGAGCUUCAUUUUUCUUGUCCCAGGCCCAACUCAGACAAAAACACGAUGGAACCCGAGUGGACUCUUCUCAGAGAGAGAGGAGAAAAUAAUAGUCAAUAGAGUUCUAAGAGAUGAUCCAUCAAAAGGCGAUAUGCAUAAUCGGCAAGGACUUUCAUUUGAAAAGCUAUGGUUGAGUUUGAAAGACUAUGAUCUUUGGCCGAUUUAUAUGAUCGGCAUAUUGUUCGAAAUUCCAACUGCACCCCCGAAGGCAUAUCUGACAUUGUCUCUCAAGGCAAUAGGCUUCAGCACAUUCCAAACGACAUUACUUUCGAUACCUGUCACUGUGUUUGCUUCUAUCAACCUCCUCCUUGUGACGCAACUCACAGAAAAAGUCCACCAAAUAUCGCUGAUUGGUCUUUUGACUCAGUUGUGGUGCCUUCCUCUACUUAUUGUACUGUACACAUCUGCGGGUUCUUUGAGCAGCUGGGGCCUAUAUGCGGUUACUUUUGUCCUUCUAGGCUGGCCAUCUCCACAUGCGGCUCAAGUUGGUUGGUGUUCACGUUUGAGUAACUCCGUCCGAACACGAACAAUCAGCGCUGCGCUAUAUAAUAUUACCAUCCAACUAUCUGGAAUCGCAUCAUCCAAUAUUUACCGUGACGACGACAAACCACUAUAUCGGCGUGGCAACCGGCAACUCAUUGCUAUCAACAUCGCCACUAUUGUUGUGUAUAUUCUGGCAAAGACAUAUUACUCAGCUAGAAAUAAAUGGAAGAAUGCGAGAUGGGAGAAGCUAAAUACUCAAGAGAAGAUUCUUUAUCUGGAGACUACCACCGACAAGGGAAGCAAACGGCUGGACUUCAAGUUCGCUACUUAG